UAGAAUCAUGAACAUUUUAUUGUAUUUUACAUUAAUUUUGCGAAACGGUCGAGUCAAGUUUUGAUUUAUCUUUGAAAAAAACACUCGACGUUACUCUUCUUUCCACAUUCCUUUUUCUCCUUUUUAUAUUUUCUCCUAUGCAAACUGGCAACGCAAGCAAUCCUGCCAAUGCCAUUGGGAGAGAGAGAGAUAGAGUCGGAUUAUAUAGCAUUGAGAAGACUAGUGCUGAACAGUCAGUUUAUAUAUUACUGCAGCGAAUCAUAAUGGGCUUCGCUCGGUAACUUAACAUUUUAAAUGAUUAGGUUUGAAUAAUGUCACUACUUAUUUGCAAUCCGAUCAUCGUGUUUAAAACAAUACCAAAAUUGAAUAUUUCAAAUAACGUCAUUUCAAUAUCCGGCCAAAUGUAACGAUUUAUAUGAUUCUAAGGCAUAAGGAUGUCAAAGCGACUCAGCUUCUAUGCUCUGGUUGGCCUGGCGUCCCUCUGCAUCUUCUUCUUUGCAUUUAAUCAGCGCUACAGCAGCUAUCUUGAACAUCGACUACAGCCGGUAUUAUCGGUCAGUAAUUAUUCGGAGGACGUUGAAAUAAGGCCACGGAUCGUCAGAAUCCCAGAAUCUGUAACGGCAUACAUCAGAAGUGGAAACGAUAAUGCUACGGUUAUUGAAAUACAAGAAGUCUUAGAUCAACAAAGGAGAGCCAUAGAAAGGGAGAUGCAAAAUUACGAAUAUCCUAAUGGAAAAUAUGGUCUCAAUAUUAGUAAAUUGGAUGACUUAGUUAUGGAAAAAGGUGGUGCUCCAAUGAGAAGUAUAAUUUUAACAAGUUGGCGAAGUGGUAGCACAUUCCUUGGUGAUGUCAUAAAUGCACAUCCAGCAAAUUUCUACCACUAUGAACCAUUGCUUGAUUUUGGAAUUGUACAAAUCAGAGGUCCGCCACUUGCAGAGGAAGCACUGGAAAAUAUUGAAUCCUUGUUAAAUUGCAAUUUUCAUAAUCUUGAUAGGUAUUUAGAAUAUGGAAAAACUCAUCCAUGGGUCUUUAAUCACAAUACACAUUUAUGGCGUCAAUGUCAAGUACAUAAAAAAAUAUGUUGGGACUCUCGUUUUGUUUCAAAAUUCUGUCAAUUAUUUCCAUUUCAAUCGAUGAAACUUGUUCGUUUAAGAUUACGCGCUGCAGAGGAUCUUUUAGCUCAAAAACGUUUAGGGAUAAGAUUAGUAUUAUUAAUACGUGAUCCACGAGGAAUUUUACAAUCAAGAAAGCAUAGAGAAUGGUGUCCUACCAGUCCUGAUUGUUCAGAUCCAGCUUUGGUCUGUGCCGAUAUGGUUUCAGAUUUUAGUGCUGCAGUACGUUUGAUAAAAAAGUAUCCACAUUCCUUCAGGGUGGUGCGAUAUGAAGAUCUAUCAGUAGAGCCAUACAAAUAUGUGAAAGAACUUUAUACAUUUUAUGGCUUGGAUUUUCAUCCUAAUGUAAAAAGAUUUUUAGAUACUCAUACAAAAAGUGACGUUGGUGGUGUAUCGAGUACAUUUCGUAAUUCUAAAGUUGCCCCAUUUCAUUGGAGAACUGAUUUAGAAUUUGAAGAAGUCGAUGAGAUCCAAAGAGUGUGUGGAUCGGCUAUGAGAUUAUGGGGAUAUGUAGAGGCAACUAAUGCUACUCAUCAAAAAGAAUUUGAUCCGCUUACAGAAUAUCAACUACAGUUGUGACACCUAAUGUACAGAAUAUUUCCAAUGGAUAUGGUGUACAGUACAGUAGUAUAAAAUAUCAAGACUAUAAGAAUUAGUUAUUUUGAUUACACGUGGAGGCACAUCAAGAUUAUCCAGAGUGUGGUACAUACAUACAUACAAUCUUGUGAAAAUAAUAUUCAUGAGAUGGUGUGCCAUAGCAAUAUACAUAUACUCAGGAAUAUAUUAACAUGACAUCUGUGAAUAUUUCGAUAUUCAAAUAUCAUAGUUAGAAGAUUUUCUCACUUCUUGAUAUUUAAUUUGAAAAGACCAAUGGUGAUGCCGUUCCUCAAUUAAAAAAUAAAAAAUAAAAUUAAACAGAUAUAGCAGGAAAAAAUAAAAAAGAAUCUCUUUAGAAAUAUUGUGCACAGUGCGUGAAAGCAAAAAUAAUUUAUGCUAUAGGUUUUAAAAAAGAAAUAAUCGAACUUUGUUAGAAUCUAUAUGAAAAUGCAUUUUUUAACACAAGAACUUAUUAUAAUAUCUAUUCAUAUCAGUAAAGAUCUCUAGUUAAUUAUUGAAAUUAUUUUAUAAAACUCUCUUUGGAGAAAUGUUUCUUAGAUCUGAUUAUAUUAUAUAAUGCUUAUAUCAAAUAUUUUAUGAUAUAGAAACUGACUUUCCUUGUUUUUAUAACUAUUCCUCAUAUGUAAGUCACAAAAGUCAUAUUUACAAAAAGUAUAGCACAUGUCUUAUAUAUGUAACGAUUCGUACCAUAUUUCCAUUUGAUUUAAAAAAAAAAAAAAGAAUACGUUUACAUACAUGUAUAAUUUAAAUUCACUCGAUAACACUAUCUGUACCGUUUUUAAGUGAGUAUUUAUAUGUAAAAAAAGAAAAAAAGCCUAGUUGAAACGUUGUGAAAUGUUAUACAUGCACAUAUGGUAAAUCGAUAAAUGUAUAAAUUUAAAAAAGAAAUUGGAUCGAUUUUCUCUUGCAGUUAUCUUAGUUGAUAAGACAAUUUUCGAAGUUUUACACAAUAUAUACAUAUUGUUACAUUUGUAAAUUUAACUAUCGAAUUAAUUUAUUUGCUAACUUAUUAAUCUGAUUUAUGAAUCUCAAAUUAAUCAAUGACUGUGUUUAUAUAUGUUAUGGUUAAAAUGUAUAAUUCAGUUAAUUCAUGAAAUAACAAUAGUUGUAUAGUUAUUAUGUCAACGUGCUUUCAGACUUGAUAGAACAGUACGAUUAACAGAACAUUUGUUUUCAAAAUAAAGAAAUUGAUAUGAACGGAUAACUACGAGUAUUGUUAUAGAAACAAAAAUUGACUCUAAAGACGAAUCAAAUCUUAAUUUUAUACUUUAAUUAUAUAUAUAUCUCAUGAAUUCAUAUAUUAUCAAGUUAAAGUAUGUAUUCUAUCUUUUUCAUAUUUUAAUUGUUUGGUAUAGUUAUUUCAUGAACUAAUGAAUUUCACGUUUUAACAGUAACAGUUUAAAAAAUUAUGCUUUUGAGAAUAAAAUAUUUUAUUU